GGCGGGGUUGCGACUGCGCGCUCGCUCGCCGGCAAGGGCGCGCGCGGCCGCCGUUGGCCGUUAGCGCGGCUUGGGUGGUUGUCUUGGAGAACCAAGAUGGCGGCGACGACGGCCGCGGUGGUGGCGGAGGAGGACACGGAACUGCGGGACCUGCUGGUGCAGACGCUGGAGAACAGCGGCGUCCUGAACCGCAUCAAGGCUGAACUCAGAGCGGCUGUGUUUUUAGCACUGGAAGAGCAAGAAAAAGUAGAGAACAAAACUCCUUUGGUCAAUGAGAGCUUGAAAAAGUUUUUAAAUACUAAAGACGGUCGUUUAGUGGCUAGUCUCGUGGCAGAAUUUCUUCAGUUUUUUAACCUUGACUUCACCUUGGCUGUUUUCCAUCCUGAAACUAGCACACUUCAAGGUCUUGAAGGUCGGGAGAACUUAGCCCGAGAUUUAGGAAUCAUUGAAGCAGAAGGUACCGUGGGUGGACCCUUAUUAUUAGAAGUGAUUAGACGCUGCCAACAGAAAGAGAAAGGACCUACCGGUGGGGAAGGUGCGUUGGAUCUGUCUGAUGGACAUCCUCCUUCAAAGUCACCUGAAGGAAAAACAAGUGCCAACUCCACCCCAAGUAAGAUACCAAGGUAUAAAGGACAAGGUAAGAAGAAGACAAGCGGGCAGAAGUCUGGUGACAAGAAGACCAGCAGUGAGACCAGUCAGAGUGAGACCAGUGUCUCCUUGUCAGAGCCAAAGAGCAGGAGCAGCCUGCACUCGCUGGCCCACGAGACAAGAAUUGCAUCCUUCCUGAGCAGCAGCACUCUAGACGCCAAAGACAGAAGUGCUCUUUGUCCAGAUGAAGAUGAUGCAGAAGGAGAUUCCUUCUUUGAUGAUCCCAUUCCCAAGCCAGAAAAAACGUACGGUUGGAGAAGUGAACCUAGGAAGCAAGUGGGGAGUCUGGCCUCACUUUCUGACAUACCCCCCUUAAGGAGCGGUCUGAGCUCCCUGGCAGGCGCCCCUUCCUUAACAGAUGCCGCUGAGAGUAAAAGAGGAAGCACGGUCCUGAAGGAUCUGAAAUUGGUCAGUGAGAAAAUUGGAUCACUUGGACUAGGAACUGCAGAAGAUGAAGACUAUGUUGAUGAUUUUCAUAGUGCUAGCCACCGCUCAGAAAAAAGUGAAUUAAGUAUUGGUGAAGAAAUUGAAGAAGACCUUUCCAUGGGCAUAGACGACGUUAACAGCAGUGAUAAACUUGAUGACCUCACACAAGACCUGACUGUUUCCCAGCUCAGCGACGUGGCCGAUUAUCUGGAAGAUGUUGCAUAGACAGGAAAGGAAGUAUUGUGAUCAGCAGAAGAGGAAGGACUUUCGGCUACAUGGUCCCAGUCAGUCACUCUUGCUGGAACGUACGCUCCUGCUGGUGCCUUGCAUUUCAAAAAGACUGCAGAUAUUUUUAAAAGUUAACUUUUCAGUUUAGUAAACAAAAUACUUCCUAUAUGAGCCCGUGUCUAGGAGAUUAAUAUGCUUGAUUUGGUUUAGCUUUAUAUCUCCAAGGAAAUGGUAUUCGGGCUCAUUAUAGCAAGGGAACCCCUGAAAUGUCAGUGUUAAAGAGCAUAAAGAGGGAUCAGUAUAGCCGUAGUUUGUGUCACUUUGUCUCAGGCUGCUGCCGAGAUCUUUGAACCUUAGUGUUAGCCAUCCUGACCCAUAUAGUGGGUAUUAAGUGGGUUAGCCCAAAGUUGGUGAACUGACCUGAUAAAUCUGUGAUGCUGAAACGUACCAAUACGAGGUAAAUUGAUGUGUAAACUUUAUUUUGUAUUUCCUUCCAUUUGGAAGGUUUGUUAGACCAUUAAGGUUAUAUUAAAGUUCUCUGUGCUAUUAGUUUUGCUUGUUUUAAACUAGGAGUGGCUUGGACUCUUAAUUGGCAGACUUGUCGCUAACAGAUAGCAUUUAAGGUUGCAUUUCAUCCUGCUGUCUCAAGCAGCUGUAGGCGCAGAUUAUUCAGUACAGUCUUAACUUAUUAUUUCUAAAGAUGCCUUGAAACAUCCGAUACCAAAAUGCAUCUGAAACCAUUAAGCAGUGCUUUUAUUUCAGAUCUGUAAGUUGAUUAUAUUUAAAUCCAAAUUGGAAUGAAAUAGUAGUAAUGGCCUAAGACCAUAUGUAUUCAGUUUGACAGACUUUGUACACUGUACAUAAUUGUACUGUAGUCCUUAAAAAGAGUCAAUAAUAGAAUUUCUGGCAGAUUUAAUUUGUGCUGUUGUGUGUAGUGCUGCAGGGAUAUAGGGCACAGGCAUUUGUAGUGCUAAAAUAUUUUAAAUGUGCAUACACCAUCAUACCGCUAAGUAAAAUUUAGGAACUGUGAAACUUUGAUACAUUUUAUUUUAAUUAAGACUGUUGAAAGUUACCUUUAUUAAUAAAAAGAGAAAUUGGAAAUCAUCCAUCCAUGUUGAGUGAGUGAGCAGAAGCUGUGGUUUGUACCAACCACUUUCCAUUCCAUGAUUUCUAAGUAGAGCAGUGACAUUUCUCAGCUGUAGUGCAGAGGAAGUGAGAACGUAGUAAAGCUUCGGGCUCUGACAGUAGAGUCUGGCUCUUUAAAGCUGAGUGAGACUGAACUAUAAACAUCAAGAGGAAGUAGGACAGAAAGUGGGCCGGGUGCCUGGAAGCCCCUGUGUAUUUCUGUCCGCUGUCUGCCCUGACAUGGUGCUGUCUGUUCUUCACGCUUUACUCUUAGAAACAGUGCUGUCUGACUGCUGUUAGAAACUGUCUCACCCUGUGCUGUCUCUUUAAUGCGUUGUAGAAGCACUAGAACUGGUGGGCCUCUGGAGUCCGGAUCAAAUGUGUGAUUUUACUGUUUGGUAGGCACUGCAAGUGAGGGAGCUGACCCACAAGCAUGGCAGGAUGUGGCUUUCUCUAUUUGAGGAAGACUUUCCAACAGUCAAGUGCGAAAUCUGUCACUUUCUAUUACCCAGUGACUGACCUUUUGGUGAUUCUGGAGAGGGUGGAGAGAAAAAGCCGAACGGCAGCUUUGUGGUCAGUACUACAGAAAGGUAUUGAGUCACUCUGAUAAUGUGAGGUUCAGCAAGGAGGAAGUUGUUUCCAGGUAUUCCUUGCUUAGGUAUUGUUAACCUGAUAAACUUUAAUGUGUAAAAUGACAGGUUCUGCAUAUAAUAAUGUUUCUUUGUUUUAAAGUGAAUUAAAAUGUUGACCAG